GAGCACAAGUCACACUAGCAGUCGGUGCAGUUACAGGCAGACAUGAAGCAGUUUCCCGCAGGGGAUCUAGAGGGGCUGCAGCAGGUCGGCAGAGGGGGCUUCGGAACAGUUUAUAGAGGAUGGAGCCGGAGUCUGAAUAUGGAAGUCGCCCUGAAAACUUUUCAAAGAGCACAAAGUUUUAGCAUUAAUAAGCUAAUAAAAGACAUAUUGAAGGAAAGAGAAAUGAUGGAGAAAGCUAGUAAUCCAUUCGUUAUUCAUCUUCUCGGCAUGUAUGAGAGACGGGAAGAGGAAAUUAGUGAACAUGGCCUUGUCAUGGAAUACGUGCCCAAUGGAAGCCUUCGCUCGUUGUUUGACACUAUGGAUGUCCCUUGGGCUUUGAGGUUUCAGAUGCUCCACCAAGUGGCCCUGGGAAUGAAUUACCUCCACAUGCUUGAUCCUCCCAUCAUUCACAGGGACCUAAAGCCAAGCAAUGUUCUUCUAAAUAAGCACUUCGAUGUUAAGAUCACAGACUUUGGACUAUCCAAAAUCGUUGGUGCAACAACAUCUGCAACUCCCUCUUUUGCUGGAACUCCAUCCUACAUGGCUCCAGAAGCUCUCACUGACCUCAAUUACAAACCCACCAUGGCCUUUGACGUGUACAGCUUUGGCAUCUUGAUUUGGACAGUCCUCUCUGGUGAAGAACCCUUCCCUAAUCCAGAUCCAGCAUUGAUUCACUUACACAUACCCAAUGGGCAGAGGCCUAGUUUGGAAGUGCUGGAUCACCUGAGCCACAUUAAAAUGGUGCCAGAAGCCAAAGAAUUAAUGAUAAAGUGCUGGAGUGGAAAUGCUGAUGCCAGGCCCUGUUUUCUUGAGUGCAGCCAUGCAACAAAACUCAUGUUUGAGGAGUACAGCAGUGAGAUAAAAGAUGCCAUUCGGAAAGUAGAGGAUCAUAUACCCAUAGGAGAUCAGACAUUAGAAGACCCAGGAUAUGACAGCACCACCCAUGACACUUUAAUGAAUCAAGUUAUAGCUGCAAUUAGAGAAGACUCCCAGGAAAUGAAAAAAGAUGAGACAUCAGAAGACCCAGGAUAUGACAGCACCUCUAAAGACACAAGUGCACUAAAUCAAGGAGAGACACUCAGCAAUGCUUUGGAACACAUAAAGGAAUCUCAGGACUACAAGCAAAUCACAGAUUAUGCCAAAGACAUUGGCAAGACAGUGGAAAAAGGUGGAAAAGAAAUUAGGAAAGUUUACAAUGGCUAUAGAGAUCAAAUAAGCAGAGACAAAGUUGAAGGGCUUUGGAAACCCAUUUGGCGACUAAGGAAAUUAUUUUAGCCUUCCCCUUACUGAGUACCAGAAAGAUACGGUUGAAGGUCAAGGUUGGUGGGCGACUACAAAUUCAACCAACAGGCUGGGCGUAGCUACAACCCCACGCCCCAUGUUCCCACAAUGAGACUGUUUUAUAUGCCAAAAUCUAAUAAAACCACAAACACAAGAUGAUAUUACGACGGAACUAGAACCUACUGGUUGGAUUGUUUUUGGAACCUUCGGAAUAGAAGAAAGUUUUAAAGGAGGACAUAUACUCAAUGCUAAUAAGAGUACCGUAUGUGUGUGUUUAUUGAAAAAUAAAAUUACACUAAGGGGCACAUUUACUAAUCCUGGAAUCCGAAUCCCGAA